CUGAUUAUUGGUGGACGGAAGUCUCGCUCCGGUCAGUGGCCUUGGCAGGUGUCCUUACAGAUUAUUACCUCGACCACACCAUGGCACAGAUGUGGGGGUGUCCUGGUGCACGAGAGAUGGGUGCUUACAGCGGCACACUGUGUGGAGGGGUAAGAGAGGAGCUUUUUUUUUUUCAUCUCACCCAUGGUCAUGUGAGGCACACCUUUUAGACACGCCUACUCUUAGACGCACCUAUUUUGUCAGAUACACCUACUCUGUUAGACUUUCCUACACAUUUUUAGAAACAUCUACUUUAUCAUACACACCUAAUCGGCUGUAUUCUGUCAUAGUUUUCUUCAAUCAUACUAUUAGGCAGUAAUACUUUGUUGUUCUCCAUUACAUUAUUAUACACUGCCUCUUUUUACCUGUCAUAAUUUCCUCUAUUUGUAUACUCUUUAGAUACUGUAAAGACCUAUUUUUGUAUUACUUAUAAUUUUGAUUUAAAUUUUAAAAGUUGCUAGUGAAACAAUAAAAAUAAAAUUUGCAGUCUAAAAAAAUAUUUCUUUUUCGGAAAUAUGUAAAUUGAAAGUUUUUGCCUUAUCGUAAAUAGUGAAAUGGACGAGUAAAGACAGAGUUUUCGCGUUCCUGUCAUUAUUUGACUCUAAGAUUCCAGAGAUUUUGAUUCCUGCAUGUCAUAAAUAAACUUACGAAUGUCUCCUUCAAACACAUGAAUGUCUCCUUCAAACACAUGAAUGUCUCCUUCAAACACAUGAAUGUCACCUUCAAACACAUGCAUAUCACAGUUAAAGACAUGAAUGUCCCAUUUAAACACGAAUGCAACAUUUCAAUAUAUAAAUGUCCCAUUUGAAUGCAUCUCUGAUCGCCAGGUCAUUCUAUGGGGACAUACGGAACUGGCGAGUGGUCAUGGCAGACUAUGACCUUGACACUGUGUCAGGAAACGAGAUCUACAGAGACGUUGUGCGGGUCAUAAGUGUAAGUUUGUUUAAUAUUGGCGGUCACGGUCAGCUAGCAGCAUGGGGGUCAUAUAAUACAUUAGUACAGCAAAUGUUGAGAUCAAAGUUUGAUAGCUAGUUUUAUGUCCCAGAUAUUGAGCAUCCCCAUUCAGGUUCAUUAGCGCCAAUUUCUCUAUCAUUAGCACCCCGAUUAGAGACACUACCACACCCAUUCCCAUAUUCACGAGCACAGCAGUCAGCUUAAUGAGCACCCCAAUCAGAAUCAUGAACAUCUCAGUCUCAGCCAAUGAAACUGAAAAGAUCCCAUUGACACACGUGUUAGAAGCACUAAACGAAUAGGAAAACCCCGUUAACAAACCACCAUUUUGGUUACACGUGAAUUAUCUUUUGUAAUUGACAGCAUCCUGGCUAUGUCCGGACAAGCAACUUCCCAAAUGACGUGGCUCUGCUAGAGCUGGACUCACCCGUUGAUCUGACCUCGGGCGAUGUUCAGACGGCGUGUCUACCAGACAGGAGUAUGCAACUUGGAGCUGGCACUCAUUGUUGGAUCAGUGGCUGGGGCGAGACCAGGGGUAAGGACAUUCUAGCAUUGUUGGGGGGGGGGUGUCUAGAGGUAAGGCCGCUAUAGCAUUGGGGGCGUGAGGGCAUUCGAGGUUUGUUUUUUUUUUUUUUGUGGGGGGGGGGGGGGGUUAAAGCAAUAGCAUUCACCUUCUAUGAGAUCUCUAUUUCAGCAAACUUCACCAUAUUCCAGAAACAGUAAAAUUUGGUUAAUAUUUCAUGUUCUAAUUAUGUAGGAUCCUUGGAUUAACUCUUCACACGAUAGGAUCAACUUUUCACAUAAUAGGAUCAAAUCUUCACAUAAUAAGAUCAUCUCUUCACAUAAUAGGAUCAAAUCUUCACAUAACAGGAUCAACUCUUCACAUAAUAGGAUUUUUUUUUAUAAAAAGCAUCCAUAAAUUUAAAUUAAAUUUUAUUUGGUUGUUCAGUUUUGAGCUGACAAUGUCACUUUUUUUAGAUCUUCUUAUUAGGUCUCCAUUAAAUUGUUUUAUAUAAAAAGCAAAUUUAAUAAGAGAAGAGAAUUGUGCGGUCCUUGAGAUCAGAAGAGAUUAUCAUUUGACUUAUUUUAGUGGGAACAUGAGUUGUUAUAUGGAUAGCAUGACAUUAACGUAAUUGGAAAAUAUUGAUGCCAUGCCAUCGUUACGAAUUAUUAGUGUGUGUGUGUGUGUCACAUGUCACCACGACUAAUGUUUAUCAUGAACAAACCAGGUACUGGAGGGACAGAGAAUACCAUGAAUGAGGUCCCUGUUGAUGUAGUGGCCAAUGAGGAAUGUGCCGAAAUGUGGGGCAAGGUCAACAUUGACGUCCUGGAAACUCAGGUCUGCCUGGGUUAUGGAGAUACAGGAGCUUGUUACGUAAGUAGGCAGUACACGUGCUGUCUGUCACUGAUCUUGACAGAUCUAAUCUGGCUGUCACUGCUAUUGACAGAUCUAAUGAGGCUGUCACUGCUCUUGACAGAUCUAAUGCCCAUGACAUACCACUAUACACUUCCCUCAUACAAAAAAUAUAUUUGCCAUUUGUCUGGGUUUUACCCCGUCUUGCUAGUUGCUUGACUCAAGUUGUCAGAGCUGUCUGUCAAAUUAUCGCCAAAGACCUUAACUUUUUGUUUAACUAUUAACAUUCUUUUUAUUUCAUCCAGUAAAUAUUGUAAAUAUGUCUUGUUUGUCAAAAUUGGUUGACAUCAGACAUUCAUAUUAUUUAAUUUUACUGAAGAAUAUUUGAGGGGAAAAAUUUAAUGAAAAAUGUAAAUGACUGUAUAACUGUAAGAGGCAUAUAUAUUUAAAGAAAGAGCUAAAUGUAGAAGCUUUGAAAUUAUAGAUAUUUUAAUUGCUCACAAAAACUCUGCAUAUUUUUCUGAAUCAUUCUUUGAAUAAAUUUUUAUAUUUAAUAUUCUUUUUAUUUUUUUUAAAUAAUUCAUAUUCUUAUUUGACUAAAUUCUUUUAAAACCUGCUCCAAUGUCACAGGGGGACUCAGGGGGACCACUGAUGUGUGAGGACCAUGGAAGGUUCUAUGUGGCUGGGGUCAUGUCCUGGCUUAUCAACAACUGCUCGGCCACAAAUUUCCCCAAUGUCUUCACCCGACUCCCAAACUACAUGGAUUGGGUCUAUGAGCACCUGGACUACUUUGAGUGGCUUAGGUACCUGUAG